GAAAAACAUCUGCUAUUGAUGUCCCACAAAUCAAGUGGCUUCCUUAUCUUCUCCUCAACUUUUUGUAUGCCUCCUUUUUGAACACAGGUUCCCUGUUCCCGAUUGGCUGGAUUUCUGUUUACCACACAGACCUGACAGUGAGAGUCCUUACACUUUUGAUUGGUCAUCAGAGUCCUACACCCCAAAGGAAAAGCAAGACACCACUGCUGGCAUGGGUGUGCACACCUGUGUGACACUGGACUGCCUUGGAAUGUCCUUCAGGUCUUCAACCUUCUCUCCCUGAACCACUCUUUGGAGUUGUCUGUGAACUACAUCGGGAUCUGCUCCUUUGGCUGACCUCCAGAAACUCUGAGGUAGCUGAAAGGGAGUGGGAGGAAGCAACCCUGCGGCUGUACUGCAUUUGUCUUACCAUGCACACAAAGAGAAUUUGACCCCAAAAAGUCUGAAACAGACACUUGAACUCUCAAUGGAAAGAUCAAUGGUUUCAUCUAUCUUUUUAUAAGUAGCUAGAAUUAAUUAACGAAAUAGAUGAUCUGCUUUUACUUGUAGAGCUUUCAAGGAUGUGUACUUAUACAACAAGUGUAGAGCAGUUGCAUCAUUUUUCAUUGAUUUAGAUUUUCACAGAACUUUUUGUGCUUGGAUUUGAGGCCAGAAUGUAGACCUUAAUGUCUUACUGCUACCAGUUUGUGUGGUCUAAUAGUGAUUAAUAGGUAACUAAACGAAGAGAAAUUAGUGUGUGGGCUUGUUUGUUUUUGUUGCUGUUUGUUUGGGGUUUUGUUUGCCUUAAAUAGCACAAAAAAAAUCUUUAUUGGAUAUAUCAUGGACUUUAAAGUUUGCUCAUGAUCUGACAUAAUUUGAACCCAUUUCUGCUAUAAUUGCUUUUAUAAUUACUUUAUGAAUUUCAAGGGGGUAGAAAGGGUUCAGUGGCCAUAGAUUGCUGGGAUAAACACAUUUCUGGCAACAAAUAAAUGAGCUAAAGAUUAAUGGUUAGUUUUCCUAAUUAUAGUAUCUUAAACUCUUCUCUGGAUAAAAUUGGUGUCUAAAAAUUAGAAAGACAUAAGUUUUUGCCUAAUGAAUUACUAUCUUCUGUUUGUUAUAAAACUCUUGGUUAACACAAGAGCUAGUUACUUUUACCACCUUACCUUAUCAGAAGGGUGAAGGACUCCUUCAGCAGAGUCAUUCUUUCCAUCUGGAAUUGCCAAAGGUUUCACUUAAAAGAUUCAGUAAGAUUGCACGUUACUCAUUAAGUAAAAUCUGUACCUUGUCUAAUCAGCAGUGUGUGUCUACUGCAAAUCCAGGGCUGGAUUCAUCUGCUGUGCUAUAGGACUCUCAUUCUGAAAGCUGUUUAUGGGGAAGCCAUUGCUGUUUCUGGAAAUCACACAAUGAUCAAAAUGAUAGCUUACAUGUUCCUGUUCUUUGAUACUGUAAUAUAUUGGGUUCCCUGUCUCAAAGUGUUAGCACAGAGCUUUAAGUGCAAUAUAAUCUGUGCUCCAGCCCUUUGCAUGCUUUGUAGGAAACAAAGAUUAAAGGGCACUUGCAGCACGGAAGAUUAUAUCUGCUGUUAGUUUUCUAAGUCAAAAAAUUUCAUUAUUAUAGUUGUGUGUAAUUAUUUUAGUGUAUUUGGAAGGAGGAUGAUAUUUUCCCUUUAAACACUAAGUCCAACUUUAAACAAUUACCUACUAGGUACUUCCAGUCCUGUCAAGGAACUUAGUAGCCUUGAUCUGCUUGUGGUGCUGUGAUGGUUAUAAUUUCAUGCCAAAUACUAAUAUGAGCCUCUGUUACAGAAAGGGUCUCCAAAUCAAAAUAUGUUGGUGGAAGUUGCUUCAUGUGUAUGGAAAGACUGCAGCUUUUUGACAGAACAUAACCUCUCUUUACUGGUAUACUACAGCAUGGUGUGAAAUUGCCUAAUUAAGUGAAUAACACAGCUUAUAUCUGAGAUGACACUACUUGUAUAGAUCACGUGGUUUGGCCAAGACACUAAAAGUAAUAGUUUUCCUCCAAAACCUGGAGGGUUAAUGAGAAUAUUAUACAGGUUUAUGUCUCCUUCCUCUUCAUUGUGGUGCUUCCACCACAUUUCAGAAGCACUGCUGCUCCAGUGCCACUCACAGUGCAGCUCCCAGCAACAGCCACCUUGUCUGCUGAUCUCACUAACUGAACCUGGCCUUGCUCAGUUUGAUCAGUCCUAGUCAGAGUGGUUAGGACUGGAGAUCAUGAGUCAUCACCUAAUUUUUCAAGUUCAACUUUCGUAAGCUCUCCAAAAGCAUAAGCAACCUAGAACUUACAUCUGCUCAAAAACAUUUUAGCCAAAAAGCUGAAAGGAUCAACAGUCAAGGGCCAAACCAUAAGUCUUCUUCUGAUGAAAAAAGUUGCGCUUGCUCACUUGCUCACAUCUAGAUAAGUCCAAAUUUGAAGUUAGAAAAUGAAGGAAUGGGGAAAAAAAAUACUCCUCAUAUACAGCAGCUCUAGAAUGAGUAUGAAAGACCUGCACAGGAUACAGGACUUCUGUACAAACUUGUGAAAUGCUGCAAAAGUUUUAAUAAGAAGCUUGUAAAGAGGAAGAUGAAAUUCCUCUCUUCUUCCCAGUUUUCUUCCUGUGGGGAAUAAUACAUAGAUAAAUAAAUGGGAAAAUAUAGCAACUGCUUCAAAAUAUCAGACACGUUUCUGUCAACAUAUGCAUUACUACUGAACAAAGUUUACGGUGUGAAAAACAACCUGCAAACAGACCUUUCUCCAAGUUAAGCUUUUAUUCUAAGAAAGGAUCUGCCUCUACCAAAAAAAAUGAGUACAGCAACAUUUGUUCUCUGAAAACAGACUCUGAGGAAGACUCUGCAGUGUCAGACUGCUCCCAGUUCCAUUCGCUUGCUCUGAGCAUUUCAGGCAGGGAAAACAAACACAUUGCUGUGCUGUCCAGGUCCACCCCUCUGCAGAAGGAGGGCUGGCUUGCCUCGAGUCAUCUUGUGUUUUAGGGAGCGGGCAGGCAAGGUAUCCUUCUCUCCCUCUCUGUCCUUGCAAACAGCAGGCACAGCAGCAGUACCUACGCUCUCUGGAAGGCAAAGUGUUUUUGAAAAGCACAUCAAGCCAUGUUAGCCCUCUUCUCCAAAAAAUCAGGUAACCUCCUGGAUAGAAGUGGUUUGGCAGCCAAAUAUUGAGCCUUCUACUGUUUCAUCAUCUUUGUUCAGGGGACUGUGUUGUCUGCCUGGAUGUCUGACUUUAGGCUUUGCCCCAGCUGGAGCUCACCUCGCUUUCCUUCUUCUUCAUGUUCGCAAAGGGCCUGCUUCCUAGUAAACAGCAGAAAUGAGGGAUGACCUGAUCUGAUUUGGAAAUACUGUGAAGUCCAAAGCUCCAGAACAUCCCCCUUCUGCCCACACACAAGGCAGCACCUUCUAGCUGUUCCUUCCUGUUAGGUGACCCAAUUGCUUAGAGCUGAGCUCAGUACUUAAAAGUAUUUGGCAAGUGCAAUGCAUAUCUGACAGCAGCACAAGUACCUUUUGUGGUCCUCUGCAGAGGGAAAAGCUGCUUAUUUGUUUAGGAAAUAGAGGCUAUACUGCCUAACUUGUGAUAUUUCUGUCACUUCCAUGGCAACAGGCUCUGAGAGAACAAAGCAGGACUUCACCAGAUCACGUAACAGCUUGAAAACAGAAUAGAGCAAAUUUUACAUAGUGAUGCUGUGAAGUUUCAUUUAACUUGAAUUUUACCUCUGUUAACUGACGAUUUAAUCAGUGAAGUAAUUGCUGCAUUGCCAAGUGGUUAUGAGCAAAUUGGCAUAGAUUUCUUUCAGUUGUCAGGCAUCCCUUGUUUCUGUCAUGACAAGGGACGCAUCAACACAGUGUGGUCCCCCUAUCCCCCUUUGUCCGAGGGUAAUACAUGCUAUCCGGCAGAUUCCCUGCCAUGAUAACUGUGUUUAAGGGAUAACAUCAGUUAGAAAUGACAACCUGGUUCAAAAGCAUUGGAAUUUUUCCAUCUUCUGUGGGCUACAGACUUGGCCUGAUCUUAGAAAUGUGGCAAAGCCCAUUGCAUGGUCUACUGAGUAAGAGGUCACAAAGCACGUGGCUGAGUGACAGGACUGUGAACCUCCUGUGUUUAAAGGCAAACCCUUUAUAUUCAAAAUCUGAAUUAGAUCUGGUCACUGACAUUUUAGUCCUCUCACCUCAGGCAGGAAAAGAGAGUCACUACUUUACCCCUUGAGUCGUGUUAUUAGCAUCACUUGUACCAUUUUCUUUGGCUGGUUCAUGUAGGUAGUGCCAGAAAGGGCUACAGAGCCCGUAUGUCAAAGGGCAUGGAAUGGUUGAUAUAGAAACAAAUGCAUGCUGUUUCAUUAACAAAAUCUUCUCUCAUAAACAAAUCAGAAAUUGCUGUUGCAAUAUGAUGUGCAAAACCAACCAAACAAAAAGCACAGAAGGCAACAGGGCUUGUUUUUAACUUCAAAUCCAAAUGAGUCAAUUACGAUGCAAGUAACUCGUUAAGUAUCUCCAUAAGUGAAGCCUGAACUUUUAAAACUUUAAUUAAGUUCAUUGCUAGAAGUGUACCACCUAGAUAAACCAAUAAUUCUUGAAGAGUAUUUCUGUCAUGUCUCUGACAGCAUAGUCUUCACCCUGGGUACAACAAGUAGACAGUGAGAUUUGGUCAUUUUUAAGCAUACAAAGUAGGGACUAUCAGAUUACAGCGUGCCUUUUGAUUUUUGAAAUUAACAAAGUGCUCACCAGCCAUGUUAGCCAAACCACUUUUUAAUUCUUUUUCAGUUGACAGUCAGACAUUUCAGCUCUAUGACUUAUCCUUCUGCACUUGCUCCUAUCCAGCCCUUGUGUAGCCUUGUACCUACCCCGCAAUCCUUUUUUAAGGCAGCUUUAGGACUACGUAGAAGAAGUUACUGCUCCUCAAAUGUUCUCUGUAUAAGUAUGUAAUUUUAUACUCUGGUUUGAACAGCCUCAGCUUACACAGUAGGAGACACAUGAUGAGGAGCUGAGAUCUCAUUCCCGUUGCAGAAAUCUGUACUGCAAUGUAAUGUUUGGUCCAGCACGGAGUUUCUGCAGGAAAGUUCCUCUACUAGUCAUCAACCAUGAAGAUUUUUAACUGCCUCCUGGUUUACCGAAGGUUCCUGCUCAUUGUCCUCACCCCACUGCUUUUACUUCCACUUCCGCUUAUCAUCAAAACCAAAGAAGCAGAAUGUGCAUACACGUUGAUUGUAGUUGCCAUCUUUUGGCUCACAGAAGCUUUGCCGCUGGGUGUUUCAGCUUUGCUUCCUGCCUUUAUGUUCCCAUUGUUUGGUAUAAUGCAAUCCAAGGAGGUGGCAUCUGCCUAUUUUAAAGACUUUCAUCUGCUGCUGAUUGGAGUAAUUUGUUUGGCAACAUCAAUAGAAAAAUGGAAUUUCCACAAAAGAGUGGCUUUAAGAAUGGUGAUGCUGGUGGGUGUCAACCCUGCAUGGCUUACGCUGGGUUUCAUGGUGAGCUGUGCUUUCUUGUCAAUGUGGCUCAGCAACACCUCUGCUGCUGCCAUGGUGAUGCCAAUUGUGGAGGCUGUAGCUCAGCAGAUCAUCAAAGCUGAAACAGAAGCUGAUGCACUGGAGAUGUCUUGCUCCAACGGCUCCAUCAACCCAGCACUGGAGCUGGAUGAAAAUAUAGAAGAAUGUGAAAGCAGUGACUGGAAAGAGAAAGAAAAACAAGUUAAUGGAUAUGACAAUGGUGUGGCUAGUACUGUGUGCACAAUUGAAAAAGAAAAUGAAAAAGAAAAGGAAGAGAACCUACCACCUGUUGAAACAGUGAGAAAAAACAGAAAGGACAAAUACAGUGGGGUUUUCAAAGUAAUGUGCUUAUGUGUUGCUUAUUCUGCUACCAUCGGAGGACUGACCACAAUCACAGGAACAUCGACUAAUCUGAUUUUUGCUGAGCAGUUCAAUACACGUUACCCAGAUUGUCAGUGCAUCAGUUUUGGAUCCUGGUUUAUCCUUUCCAUCCCCAUCACAGUUACUAUUCUGGUGACCUCCUGGAUCUGGCUCCAGUGGAUUUUCCUUGGGUUUGAUUUUAAAAAUAUGUUCAAGAGGGGCAAGAAAAAAACAGCCAGAGAAAAAGCCUCGGAACAGAUGAUUCGGGAGGAGUAUGAGAAGCUUGGACCAAUGAGCUACCCAGAAAUUGUUACAUUUGUCUUAUUCAUUUUAAUGACCCUGCUGUGGUUCACCAGAGACCCUGGCUUCAUCCCAGGAUGGUCUUCACUUUUCCCAAAGUAUAAAGGUUAUGCUACAGAUUCAACAAGUGCCUUAGUGAUAGGCCUCCUGUUCUUUAUUAUUCCAGCAAAAACAUUGUCUAGGACUUCAAAUGGAGAAAACACUGCUUUUGGUUACACUCCACUGAUUACUUGGAAGGAAUUUCAGUCAUGCAUGCCCUGGGAAAUAGCUAUUCUUGUUGGUGGCGGGUUUGCACUGGCAGAAGGCUGUGAGGUUUCAAAACUUUCUGAGUGGGUAGCAAGUAAAUUGAGCCCUCUAGGGUCACUACCCUUGUGGCUGAUUAUCUUAAUAUCAUGCCUUAUCGUCACAUCAGUAACAGAAGUGGCCAGCAAUCCAGCUACCAUUACGAUAUUUUUGCCCAUACUAUCUCCUUUGGCUGAAGCCAUCCAUGUGAACCCACUUUUCAUUUUGAUACCAGCUACCUUGUGUACUUCCUUUGCAUUCCUGCUUCCUGUAUCAAACCCAGCCAAUGCGAUUGUAUUUUCAUAUGGUCAUUUAACUGUUAUGGACAUGGUGAAAGCUGGUUUGGGCAUUAACGUCAUUGGAGUUGCUGUAGUUAUGCUUGCAAUUAUGACGUGGAUAGUGCCUAUAUUCGAUCUCUAUACCUACCCAAGCUGGGCACCAAUAAUUCCUUCUACAAAUAGCACUGGGCUGUAAAAAAAAAAAAAAAAAAAAAAAAAAAAAAAGCAAAAAGAAAGAAAGAAAGAAAAAAGUAAUCAUGGGGAUUGUCUUGGAUUGGUUUUGUUUCUUUUCCACUGACAUGUGGUGAGUCACUUAAAAAGCUUUUCGUCACCACAACAGUAAGGAUCUACAUUACUAUAAAUGCCAUAUUUCACAGUCUUGGACACUGAUGGUGCAGUCUGGGAGUCUAACCAGGAAGAGUGCUAGGCUUUCUAAAUAUCAUAAAGUUAGAUCAAGUUUCUAAUCUGCUUCAGCUCAUCUGAAAUUUUAUAAGUUCAUGUUAUGAAAGAAAAAAAUAAAUGUACAUAGCCAUUAUCACUGGCAGUUUGGCCCCAUUCUCAGGGUAAUGGAAUAAUGAGAUUUAGAUUUUAUUAUUUCAAAUACUUUUUCUUACUAUUACUUUGGUGAUAUUUGGAGUUUGUCCAAGAAUGUAUCAGUUUUCUGUUUGCUAGAUUCAAAGAUUGUUUAAAAUGGUGUUGAUCACAAACAAAGAUCAGACAGAUCAGACAAGGUGUUGUCUUGAACACAUAGUUUACAGACCUGUCAAAAAUGCACAAAAAAUGGAGAAGAGUAGCAUGACCACUUACACAGCACUUUGUCUGUUAAGCACCUUGUAAUCUGGAAGGAGAAUGUGUUGGUUUUGAUGUCAUUUAGUAUCUUUCUGGAUAGACAUGUAUUGAUAAAUCUGAGUUGGUCUGUACAAAUGGAGGUUAAAUUAUCAGCAUGCCUCUCUGUCAAGAAAUGCAUCCCCUUGAGGAAUGAAAGCACAGGACAGAGUGCUGGAGAUGUGAUGCUCAGUCCAUCAAUCAAGACUACAAUGCAUCUUCAUGAGGAGGCCCAUGACUUCUACAGGGCAGGUGCCAGUUUAAGUUUUGUAGACUCUGUUAAUGUUGUAAACACAAAACAGUGUGAUAUAGUCAGAAUGGAAGUUUGGAGUCAAAUGUAUCUUCAAAUAAUGAUGCCUUAUAUGAUUGUUACAUGUUUUUACUGUAAGAACUACAGUGUUGUUCUCUUCACCUGUUGGGAAGACCUGCGACAAUUUGUAAAGAUGAUUUAGUUAGUAGUCUGAAUCAAAGCUGCAUGUAUUUAGCUUGGGUCAUCCCUUGUGGCACUUCUGUGAUGGUUGUAAACCUUAAUCUGUCUUUUACAGAUACUGUAAAUUAUCAUUUUUCCUAGCAACACUGACAACAAAAGUGCCUUUGUUUUCUGAUCAGAUGCUGUACAUGUAUUUUUGAUGACGCAUAUUUAGAGUAGAGAUGCCAGUCAUGAUUUCUAUAAUGCCAGAAAACAGUGUAUAGGAUUGUUAUAUAUAUAUUUUUUGCUUCCAUUAGCUAUUGGUUGCAGAUUCAGCUGCAAUGAGUCAUUAAAGAGCUGACUCUAUACAAAUGAUGUUAACUGAUUCCCUGCAUCAAUGAUUAUGAUUACAGAGAUGCAACACCUGGUUAAAUGAAGCCUCUAAAUCAUCAGAUACUAGCGGGAAAUGCUUAGCAAGUAGCUAAUCCAAGACACAGGUCUUGGGUUGUAUCGUACAGAUUCUUCCCAGAAGGAUGCACGACACAGAAACAAAGAGCUCAUGGUUUGUGUAGGUCUUUGGUCCUGCAGGCAUAGACUGGAGAACCAGCUAAGAGACUGCUCCUACUGUAAGGUUCCGAGAUAUCACCCUUCCAGUUCUGUAAUUUCUAGAUUAUUCAAGAGCAGUGGCAACACCGAAUCAUAGAAUAUUUCAAGUGGGUGGAAUCUCAGAAGACCAUCUAAUCCAACUUCUUGCUCAAAGUAAGGUUAGCACUGAAUUCAGACCAGGUUGCUCAUGGAUUUGUCCAGUCACAUCUUGAAACUCUCCAAGAUGUAGACUGCACAACUUCCCUGGGUAAUGUCCUCCAGUGCUUUACCGUUCCUGUGGUGAAAAGUUUUGUCUUUAAACAAGUGAACAAACAUAUUAUUUUCAUUUUAGUUGAAUAGACUCAUUUUUAUUGCUUCUACUUGGGAUAGAUUUUAUUCUAUGUGUAAAACUGUUAUUUUUAUUUUUUAAUGAAACAUGAAAAAGUGGAACACUCCUCUUUGUGGCAUUUGUUUACCAUUCCUAGUGGACAUGAUAUUUUCAGUCUCUGCUGGUCUAGUCUGCAAAGAAUAACCAGUACUGUAACCACGUAGCAGCUGUUAUUUAGCCAGAGGAAAUUUGUUAACCACGUAUGAGCUGUCCCCAGUUUUAUUAAUGUUCACAAUACAGAACUUGCAGUUGUAACCUCAGCCUUGAAGGUGACAUUGAGGUCUACAAAGGUCCAUGAGUGUGCUGCUCUGGGAAAUCAUGCUUUGACACCUGUGUUCUCUCUUCAUGUUGCAUAUUUUCCUGGAAGAAAAUAAUUUUUUACCAUUUAGGAGAACUCUUCAGAAAUUGUCAACUCUGUAAUAAGUGGUACAGUUCUCGGCAUAAGCUGAAGAUCAGUUUUUGUUGGAUGACUGUCAACUGUUCAUUUGCUUUACUUUUUGACUUAUUUGCAGGACCACAGAUAAUAUGGUAAGAAAGACUCAUCAUGUCUGAACCCCUAGGUAAUGCAGACCACAAGAUUUCCCUAAAUUAAGUCUAUAUUUUCAGGGUCUGACGGUGUGAUAAAUUCUCUUAGUAAAGAAGAAAGAAGAUUCAAAUUGUUUAAUGCAGGAUGCACUUUUAAAAGCUAUUAUUACUAUGAUCUGUAUACACAGUGAAUGAUAUACUGAGAAAAGGGAGAGAUUGGUAAAGAAAGUUACUCACCUGUUGUGCCAUGUGUAUUUAUAAGUUACCAAAAUGAAACGCAGAAUUAUAUAUAAACUGACUUUCAAUGACCAGCAUCUUAACUGUCAUAAUGCAACAAACUAGUUGGCAAAAAUGAAACGACCAAACAUCAGAUUUUUGAGAGAUCGUACCCUGUAAGUAAACCAGUCAUGAAUAAAUGAGUCGGUAGUAGUGGGAAUGUAGGGUUUCACCAGGAUUUUUUUCCCUCGUUUUGCUAAAAGUUGAAGGAAUGGAUCAGACACAAUCUUUGAGCUGAGUUGUUAUUAUUGCUAAUGUAUUUUUAAAGCUUUUAAGAACAUUUUAAGUCAAAAUGAACUACUCUGCAGUGCAGAGAUGAAUAUUGCUAGAACUUCAUCACCUGAGAACACUGAAAAGGAUGAAAAAGAUAGACUCAAAAUGGCUGGUUCUCCGGAUACCAAAUGGGUGGAUUUGGCACUGAUAGCCGGCACAAAGCACUAUGAUAACUGCCAGCAGAAACUGUCCUCUUCAUCUGAUGCUAUUGUAUUCAUUGCUUUGUCCAGAGUUUGUGAGUACUGUGACAAAUGGUGAAAAUGAAUCUAUAAUUAAGAGUUGAUUAAUAUAUGAUGAUUACAUUAACUAUUUGUAAAUGGCUUUGUGCAUAAUCUUCAUAUAAAAUAGUGUGGUUUUUUUCUUUGUCUCAGCUAAGUCUAAUUAGCCUUCUGUAUUAGUACAUAAGUAGUAUUUAUUAUUCACUAUUUAUUUAUGGUCCGAUCCCUGCUGAAUUAAAUGGAGCCUUUGCCAUGUACUUCCAUAGGGGAGAUGUGCCAGGUCUUUGUUCUCCUUUUCUAUGGCUUUGCUAUAUUUAAUUUCCUUUCACUUUGCUUUUGGAAGAUGUGCUUUUAGAUAUACCAGAAACCACAAAACAAGUGAACCCUGGAAAAAACUUCCUGACUGUUCUAUUACUAUGAUCAGAUGGUCAGAUCAAUUUUGCAGUGUAAAUCCCCCUAUGUACUUUUAAAAUGAAAUACAUAUGUUUGUUUACUGCAAAGGUCUUGCUUGUUUAAAGUCAACCAGUACAUGGCCCGGGGGUUCGCUCAGGAGCAGCACAGCACAGCAGCUCCGGAAGAGUGUUGUGAAAGAAACAAACUUUAUACCCUGGAUCUUACAGCUGUAGGUGUAGACAUCAAGCCAGUUUGCAUAGUAAUUACAACAAUCAAAAGACUGUCAUAUGUUAUAUACCAUUGCUGGCAGGACAGGAAGGUUUCUGGUGACCCCUUAGAUGUACAGAAAUCUGUUCCUGCUCCCUCUUCCCCCACCCUUGGCAGUCCCCAGUGGGAUGCCAGUUGCCCUGAUGGUGACACCCCAGUGCCCCAGGGCUCCUGGGGAUAAGGGUAUUUUGCAGUCAAUCUGCAGAGAUGUCAGAUUGCUUUGCAGCUGUUAUUGAUAAAUGAUAACUUUGAUCAGCAGCUUAGGUCUUUGUCUUUGUCAAGCUGACUUGAUGAUUUGUGGUUUCUAACUAUUACUGAACUUUUUGUCAGUGUUCUUCCUCAAUACUUUUGCCUUGUGUUUUUGGAAGUUGUUGUAUGUUACUUUACCUACACCGUGUUCAAUUUCUGUAAAACUUCCUUUACAAUAUUGAUCUAUUAUUUUAAAAAUAAAUAUUUCCCAAAUGC